UCAUACUUUAUAAAGCAGCCUGAGAGUGAGGAAACCACUGUGAACUCCUUACAGCUGAAGUGCGCUCAGGAAAACCCGUGAGAAAACACUGAGCCAUGAGUGAGAGGCAAGGAUCCGGAGCAGUCGGUGGCAACAGCAAAACCUCUGGGGCACAAGACGCGUCUAAGAAAGACAUCCCCGAGGACUUUGACAUUGACAUGGAUGCCCCUGAAACCGAGAAGGCCGCUGUCGCCAUUCAAUCGCAGUUCAGGAAGUUCCAGAAGAAGAAAAAUGAUGAAAAGUCAUAGUUGCCAGCGGACUCCUCUGUCCGAAUGGCCUCAUCAGGACAGCAUGGCUUGAUGUUGCAUGUAAUAGAAUCCAUUCUGUAUAGACUCAAGAGGGGGGGAGGGUAAAUCAAGGUCGUAGUCUGUCAGUCACUGAUCUGACCUGUUAUUUCACUGCUGUAACUGGGAAAUGUGUAGUUUAUAUUGAUUUUGGUUCUCCAUUCUAGCCAAGAAUAUCUGUUAUACUAUUGGCGCAUGAUUUUCUUUUUUACCUCAAAGAGCUGGAUUGCCAGCCUGUCCUUUAUUUGUGAAAGCACAAUUCAUUGUGAGUUGCUUACAAAAUUUAUUUUAGUCAGACACUGUGAUCAUAAAAAUAGUUCUAAAAAUAGCUUGUCUUUUGAAACCCAUAUUGUUGAAUAAUUCCCAUCUUAUAUUCCCAAAUCCCCAGUUUGCUCGGGUCUCUUUAUUGAUUCAUGAUUUUGAAUUCAAAGCUGGAUGAAAUGACUUGAGAGCAUGUUUGAUUGUCUAGUUUGCUGUGGCAUAUCAUAACAUUUCUGUUCAUUUUCUUCCUUUUGCAAAGGAUCAUGGGACAGUCAUCAGCCAAAUCAAACACUCAAUGAUUUCUAUCUAACCUCAACUCAUAUCUCAACUUAGACUGACUGAAACAAGAAACUAUUAAUAAACAUCCUUGAGUCUCUAGAACUAAA